GGGGCCCGGAGCAGGCGUUUAAAGAUGGCGGCGGCGCCGAGCGGGGCACGGCGGUGCUGAGGCGGCCGCGCUCGGCCUCGCUCGCGGCCCCGGCACAGGAGCGGCGGCACCGCAGGAGCGGGGAUGGCUCAGGUUGAAAGAAGAAAAGGAGACCUGCUUGUCCAAUGAAGAUGCAGUCUUAGUCUUCAGCUAUUUAAGCUGAAUGCAUUGUGAUUUCCAAUAAUUGAGACAGUGAUUCUGAAAGCUGUCUACAUUAAUGAAAAGAACAAUGUAGUCAGCUUAACUGAAUCAUCAGUGUUGCAUAUUGACUAGAACACGAUAACCCCAUCCUGAUGGACUCGUGCAUGUUAGGAGGAUAGACAUAAACAUUUACUAAAGCGUUGGUUUGUUCUUUUUAAAAGCCAGUAGUUUUAAAAAUGGAGACCUGUGAAAGUGUGCCACCCCUCCCCAAAGAACCUGCGAGAGAGAUGAAUGCGGAGAACCCCAGUUGUCCCCCACCUCUGCCGCCCAGCGAACAGCCUCCACCACCUCCCCUGCAAACGUCCAGUGACGCAGAGGUAAUGGACGUUGGCUCUGGUGGUGAUGGACAGUCAGAUAGCCCCGCUGGGGACACGCACAGUCUCUGCAGAACUCAGCUGCUCACUAAGGGAUCCGCCUGCUACAAAAGCCGUCUCAUCGUAGACCCCGCCAGCGGGGAGCAGAGCCCGAGGACGGCCCGCCACGCACCCGCAGUCCGCAAGUUCACCCCGGAUCUGAAGCUGCUGAAGGACGUGAAGAUUAGUGUUAGCUUUACUGAGAGCUGCAAGAGCAAGGACAGGAAAGUUCUGUACACUGGAGUUGAGCAGGAUUAUAAGGCAGAUGCAGAGUUUGGUGUUAAUAAUGUCAAUGGGGAUUUGCAUGUUUGUCCUUUCGGUGGUAGCAAUGGUAAAGCUGUAGGAAUAGGGGGUGACAGUGAUGACAAGAAGGAUGAUGAAAAUGAUAUUGAUCAGGAAAAGAGAGUGGAAUAUGCAGUUCUGGAUGAGCUAGAAGACUUUACCGACAAUUUGAUGGAAAUAGAUGAAGAAGGAGGAGGGUUCACAUCUAAAGCAAUCGUUCAAAGAGAUAAAGUGGAUGAAGAAACCUUGAAUUUCUCAUAUGAGGAUGACUUUGAUAAUGAUGUGGAUGCUCUGCUGGAAGAGGGUCUUCGAGCACCCAAAACAAGGAGACUAGAUAAUGAGAAAUACGGUGGGGAAAGUGAUCACCAGUCUGAUGGAGAAACAAGUGUGCAGCCAAUGAUGACCAAAAUUAAAACUGUCCUGAAGAGUCGUGGCCGCCCUCCUACAGAGCCUUUGCCGGAUGGAUGGAUCAUGACAUUCCAUAACUCGGGCAUUCCUGUAUAUCUGCACAGAGAAUCCAGAGUUGUUACCUGGUCUAGACCUUAUUUCUUGGGAACAGGAAGCAUAAGGAAACAUGAUCCUCCCCUUAGUAGCAUUCCUUGCUUUCAUUACAAAAAAAUGAAGGAAAAUGAGGAGAGGGAACAAAACAAUGACAUAACCCCAAAUGGGGAGGUAUCACCUGUAAAGCACCUCGAUAAAUCCUCAGAACUGGACUGCCAGACAGAAGAGCCAGAUUCCACUGCUGCUGACUCUGGGCCUUUAGAUGACAAAGACCCCUCGGGGGGAGAUGCAGCACAAGGAGCCUUGGGACAAGUUAAGGCCAAAGUUGAAGUGUGUAAAGAUGAAUCUGUAGACCUGGAGGAUUUCCGGCGCUACCUGGAGAAGCGCUUUGACUUCGAGCAGGUGACGGUGAAGAAGUUCCGCACGUGGGCCGAGCGGCGCCAGUUCAACCGCGAGAUGAAGCGCAAGCAGGCCGAGUCCGAGCGGCCCAUCCUGCCUGCCAACCAGAAACUCAUCACCCUGUCUGUGCAGGAUGCACCCAUCAAGAAAGAGUUUGUCAUUAAUCCCAACGGGAAGUCUGAAGUUUGCAUCCUGCAUGAGUAUAUGCAACGAGUCCUGAAGGUUCGCCCUGUUUACAAUUUCUUUGAAUGUGAGAACCCAAGUGAACCUUUUGGAGCCUCAGUUAUUAUUGAUGGAGUCACUUAUGGGGCAGGAACUGCCAGCAGCAAAAAACUUGCCAAGAAUAAAGCUGCUCGAGCUACACUGGAAAUCCUUAUUCCCGACUUUGUUAAACAGACCUCUGAGGAGAAGCCCAAAGACAGUCAAGAACUUGAGUAUUUUAACCAUAUCAGUAUUGAGGACUCACGGGUAUAUGAACUCACCAGUAAAGCUGGACUCCUGUCUCCAUAUCAGAUUCUCCAUGAGUGCCUUAAAAGAAACCACGGAAUGGGUGACACAUCCAUCAAGUUUGAAGUGAUUCCUGGGAAAAAUCAGAAGAGUGAAUAUGUGAUGACGUGCGGGAAGCACACGGUGCGAGGCUGGUGCAAAAAUAAGAGAGUGGGGAAGCAAUUGGCUUCCCAGAAAAUCCUGCAGCUCCUGCACCCACAUGUGAAGAACUGGGGCUCUCUCCUGCGGAUGUACGGGAGGGAGAACAGCAAGCUGGUUAAACAGGAAACCUCUGAUAGAAGUGUGAUAGAACUUCAGCAGUAUGCCAAAAAGAACAAGCCAAAUCUGCACAUCCUGAACAAGUUACAGGAAGAAAUGAAAAAACUGGCACAGGAAAGAGAGGAAACACGGAAGAAACCCAAGAUGACAAUAGUGGAAUCUGCUCAGCCUGGGAGUGAACCUCUCUGCACUGUUGAUGUGUGAGGAGAAAAUGCAAGUGGGGAGCAAUAACACAAAUGGAGGAACUAGAUUUUCAACAAUUAUUUCAAAAUUGUUUGCUGCAGAAUGCAAGAUAACUUUUAAAAUCCAAGCUGCUUCAGUUAUGCAUUGUUCUUUUUGCAUCAUCAGGGCAAUAUUACUUUUUCCUAGUUUCUUUUUCUUUGGUUAGUUUUUUUUCCUUUUUUAAUACCUCUGAGAUAUGUACCUUUAAAGGAUUGAUCAUAAAGGUCUCUUACUUGGCAGAUGCACAGAGGAGACAGGCAUGUUCACACAGGAGAAAAUCAAUCAAGCACUUUUUCCUGGGAAGCCAUCCAUGUUGUUGGAAUGGAUGUAUUUUAAGUAUGAAAUUCAGAAUAUCUAUGUACAGGUUGAAGCUGAUAUUAUAUAUAUACACAUUCAUAUAUAUGUAUAUAUAAAAGAAAUAUAUGUACAUCUUCUUGUAUGAACAUGCCUAAAACUAUUUUUGUGAAAAGUUUUGUUGCAUUUCAGCACAUAAUAAUAUGCACUGAUAAGACACUUUGGUGACAAAUACAGGAAAGUGAUGAGCAAUGUUCCUAAUGCCAUAGGAUUAGGCCAGUAAUGCUGUUUUUGUUUUGCUUCUUGUCUCCUGCCAGGCUUAGUUAUUUGAGAUCACAGGGCGCAGACUUUUUUACUACUUGAACAAGUACACCUGGUAGUGUUUAGAGUAACAGGUUGGAUAUUCAAAAUGACUGGGGUUUGUUUUAAAUGAGAAGAGCCUGUGUUAGUUUACAGAUCACUUGAACAGGGAAAGAAUGGCCCUGGUUACACGAUUAAAACAAAAACUGUAAUUUGGAAGGCUGUUUUCAAAGCUUGGAGCCAAAACGCAGCUGAUGAUGGUUGAUAGUCUGAACAUACUUUGCCAAUGAUGUGUUUAAAGACUUUCCACUCCCUUCUCCCAGCAAUAAAACAAUUUCUCAUUUGUUUGGUGUCAGAUUACAUCUGACUCGAUCAAUUAAGUCUUAAUUAAUUUGCACCAUAAAAGCAAUGAAUUUCGAAAAGAAUCAACACAACCCUAAAAUCUGAAAUAACUGCAGCAAUUUAGGGUUUUUUAAGAAGCUUUUUGUUCUUACUUUUUUUUUUAAUUGCAUUUUUAGUUUUUAAAGAAAAUGUGUAACUUCUGCGAAUUAGAAUGUAGAGUUGGGUUAUGCCAUAGAGUAAUGAGUAGAAUGAGACCAUGAGGGGCUGUGCUCACCAGUGAGGAAGUCACAGAUGUGCAGGUGGCGUUGUCAGCUGCAGUGCUGGCAGGGGCAGCCCAGGAGGAGCUGUGGCUGCAGUGGCAGUGACAGCACCACUGGCAGGGGUUGUUCUGCAGGGGGUUUCUGUGGCCCUGCUCUGGGUCUGCUCUGGAACUGGUGUGUGUUGGCUCUUCUCAGUGACUGCAGGGGCUGCUCUGCUCUGUCCUCGCUCCCCUGCUCCUGGCAGUGAACGAGCACCUGCUGCAGCUCCUGCUGCUUCCCUGGACAGGGCCCUGGGGCUUGAGGGCUUCUUUGGUUUGGUUUUUCUUUUGGUUUUUGGUGUGGGGUUUUUGAUUUCCCGUGUUCCGUAGAGAGCGCUGCAGUAUAUUGAAUUUAGUGCCUACUGGAUUUGAGCAAUGUUGGCAUCAGUAUUGUAAGACCUCCUUUUACAUCCUGCAUUCCUUUGGAUUUUAAUUUAUAUUUCAAGCUGAUGUUCUCUAACGUGUUGCUUAUGAUGUUUGAGGUUAAACAGGAGGAGCCUUGGAGUCCCACCUGUUUCUGUGUUUGAGUGAUACCCUCGGAGGUCUCUGCAAAUACAAAUCCACCCAUUUUUUAUUAUUGUAUUUAGCUUUUUAGUUCCACGAGUUGUAAUCCUGGUACAACAGGAUACGGGUAGUUGAAGACUAUACAUAAACUUAUUAUUUAAAGAAGUGGCCUGUCUUAAAAAAAAGAAACAAAAAAACACUGCCUCUGCUUUUUUUUGUAUAGCUUUAAUAAAUCUCCAUCUUUUGAAGGGUAUAUAAUAUUGGUGCAGUAGUGACAAGCAGUGAGUGCUGUUUGUCUCUUUGUUUUUAUUGGAUUUUUUUUUUUGUUUAUUUUCCUAAAGACAGGGCUUAUAUCUUCUAUGCCUAAAUGUAUUACUCUUCUAGAUAGGUUUUAUUUCAGCUUCUAUGUUUUCAGCAGAAAAAUCUGUACUUGGAUGGCACUGUAAAAGACAAAUCACCCGUGUAGAUCUUUUUAUUUUUCUGAAACCAGAAUGUCAAUGCAUUUGCAGGUCACCUGCAGAAUAUCCACAGAUGCCUCGCUUACCAAUUUGUUUUCAUUAAUUUUGAGAGGAUUGCUGUAUUACCUCACUCUGCCACUAUCAGAUUCCCAAGGUGACCAUUGCCCUUAAUAAACACCCAGAGAUUUCAUUGUGAACCAAAGCCUAGAACGAAUAUUAUGCAUUCUAAACAAAAACAAAGCAACGCGAUGGUAUCAGACCUUGCUGCAGCCUUUAACUGGAGAGAUGUCCAGGAACCCGCAAUAACUGCUGGAACAAACAACGGAACUGCUGUGUGUGUCAGUGUGGGUGUUCUUGUGUUUAAUGUUUACUAUUGUUUGGAGUGUAACAGUCUUGCAUUUGCACAUAAGCACGAGCUGCUGUGAUAGAGGAUAGAUCAUUGCAUUAACUUCAGCUUCUGCAUGAACACUUACAGUGUGAUUCCAGAUGUAUCCUAAACUUGUCUUGUAACUCUUGUGUGUUUUCUAGGUAAUCGGCUGUAAAGGUUUAGAUCUGAUUGUAUGAAUGCAUAAACAACUGCUGCUUUUGUCACUGAUACUCGUUAUUUAUCCCUUCUAUAUCCAGAGGAAGAUGGGUAUUUUUAUAGGGAUGGAGUGUAUUUUUAAGAACUGUUCCAUCCUUUGGGGAUUAGUUGGUUUUGCUUUGCAUAUUCUGUGCUUCUUGACAAAAGUGUGGUUUAUUGACUUUAAGGAUUCAAUUAGUGUGCAUUCGAAUCUUCAUGGUACUGACAGAAAACUUACUGUGACUUGCAGUGACUAGUCAGAUGCUACCUACUGAAACACCAGUCAUCAGCUUUUUUACGUAUUUAUUAGACAAAACUGAUGAAUUAGUUGGGUACUCAGAAGUUUGGAAAGACUAUUAUGCAUAAACUUAACUGUUGUAUGUAAACUUCCAUUCUCCUGUGAUGCUGUUAGGCUUUAUACAAAUAUAUUUGUAACAUCCAAGUAUUUAAAAGCAUCAUGAUUAUCUUAUUAAUUCUCUGAACUGUACUUUGGUCCUGGAGUGAAGUUCAGGAAGUGAUAUCCUCCUAACUUUCCGUGGGAAGGAAUGUGAAGUGCAAGAAGCCAUGCUGUUAUUAACCAAAUAAAAUUAUCAGUUACAGUAUUCCAGUGUGAUUCUGAGGAGGUGGGAAAACAAAACAAAACAGUCCAUCCUUGCUGCCCAAGCAGGUAACAAUGGUUGCUCUUUGAGUUGUGGUGGGUGCAGUUGCUUGAUGCCAGUGCUAAAUUGGUACAACUAUAAAGCCUCAUUUUCACUGAGCCUCUGCUUGCUUUUUUUCUGCACAAUCAUGUAAUCCUCUGUGUUUGGUCUUUGAGUACUACAUGUGUAUUUUUCAGACAAUUAGUUUUGAGCAAUAAAGUUUGAUAUUAUAAA